UUACCAGUAUGCACUACCACAAUCUACCUUACCGACAAUAAUUGUAUCUGCCUCGCACAUGGCAAAACAAUCUGAAAUCAGAAUAUUAACUCCGCUACACGAUCAUUUUAAGCUCAGUUCGCUUCGCAAUCUCGGUAAUGUUUAACGUUAUUGUCGCCGCCGUAUGAUGUGCUAAAACGGAUUCAAAACAAAAGUGCGCUAUUUAAAAGAUAAAAAAAAGGUAGACCGUUGAAAGUGAGCCACAUUGUGUAAUCUUGUAUUUAAUGUGAAGAUCUUUGCGGAUAAAAAAGAUAUAUAAUUUUCUCCUCGCAAUUUGCGGAUUCUUCAAAAAUUGUGUGUCUUUGUUUGUGUUUUUACUUUUUUAAACCACCUUAAGGACCUAUUUCUUUGAAAGACAACAAUGGCUACACACGUGAAUCCAACAUUUGUUGGAGACGAUGGCAAAAAUUUAAAUGGACAUACCAAAACACAGCCAAAUCAUCCUCCUGAUCCAUCCAAAUCCACACCGAAUGGAGCUGCUGCCAAACCUGGCGUUGAACGUGAUCUCUGGGGAAAUGACAUUGAAUUUCUGUUCUCAUGCAUAGCAAUGUCAGUUGGUUUGGGCAAUGUGUGGAGAUUCCCUUUCACAGCAUUGGAAAACGGCGGUGGUGCUUUCCUCAUUCCUUACCUGAUAGUAUUAUUUUUAGUUGGUAAACCAAUCUAUUAUUUAGAAAUGAUCGUCGGACAGUUCUCGAGUCGAGGAUCUGUCAAGGCCUUUGAAUUAUGCCCCGCUAUGAAAGGUGUUGGACUUGGUCAAUUAUUUAUGGUGUUCCUGCUUGGCACAUAUUACGAAUCGGUUGUGGCAUUGAUUUGUUACUAUUUUGCGAGUUCAUUCCGAUUUCCAUUACCAUGGGCACAUUGCCGACCCGAAUGGGAGGCCCGUUGCUUUGAUUCAUCAUCAGGAGGAGAAUAUAAUAGUUCUGCUUCUAUAUCUAACUUAGAAUAUCUUAAAUUUGUGGAAAAAACAAGUAAUGAUACAAUAAUGACAAGUUCUGAAUUAUUUUUUAUAAAAGAAGUUCUUAAGGAAAAGGAUUCAAUUGUUGAUGGUAUUGGAUAUCCCAAUUGGCCAUUAGUAUUGGGAUUAUUUGUCUCAUGGAUAAUGAUCUAUUUGUUGAUCAUUCGUGGAGUUAAGAGUUCGGGAAAAGCUUCAUAUUUUCUUGCCAUAUUUCCAUAUAUUGUGAUGAUUAUUUUACUGAUAAGAGCUGUUACUUUGGAAGGAUCUGCUGACGGAAUAAUCUAUUUUAUCAAACCGCAAUGGGAGAAGAUUCUGAGUCCAAAGGUGUGGUACGCUGCAGUUACUCAAGUCUUCUAUUCUCUCUCCGUUUGUUUCGGAAACAUCAUCAUGUAUUCGUCUUACAACAAAUUCAACCACAACGUCUAUCGAGAUGCAACUAUUGUAACUCUUCUUGAUACAUUCACCUCACUUUUGGCAGGUUUCACGAUAUUCGGUAUAUUGGGACAUUUAGCUCAUGAAAUCGGAACAACCGAUGUCGGAACUGUUGUCAAAGGAGGUACUGGUCUUGCCUUCAUAUCAUAUCCAGAUGCCAUUGCCAAAUUCAAAGCUAUGCCUCAGAUUUUCUCGGUUCUCUUCUUCGUUAUGCUGUUUGUCCUUGGGAUUGGCAGUAAUAUUGCCAUGACUUCUUGCACAAUGACAGCCAUUCGGGACAGUUUUCCUAAAAUUCCACAGUCAUAUUGUGCACUUGGAAUUUCAGUUAUUAGUUUUCUCCUUGGAUUGCUUUAUGUCACACCGGGAGGACAAUUUAUCCUAACACUGGUUGACUAUUUCGGAGCAUCAAUGAUUGCUCUUACGUUGGGAAUUAUUGAACUUUACGUUUUUGCAUGGGUUUACGGUGUUGAUCGGUUGUGCCGAGAUGCCCAAUUCAUGAUCGGAAAGAGUCCAAGCUGGUAUUGGAGAAUUUGUUGGGGGGUGAUUACACCCUUGAUUAUGACUGCAAUUUGGAUUUACACCUUUGUGGCAUAUGAGCCCCUCACUUACAAAGAUGUUAAAUUUCCGAGCUGGGGAUAUGCAAUUGGAUGGACAAUAACAGCAUUCGGAGUAGCUCAAGUACCGAUUUGGGCAUGUGUGGCAAUUGUUAAACAACCUGGUGACACUUUAAUGGAAAAAGUUCGUGGUGCAUUCCGACCAAAAGCCAAUUGGGGACCAAACGAUCUUGUACUUCGAGAGCAGUAUCACAAAGAAAUGGCAAUUUAUAAGGACUCAACGCGGAAUUUGGGCUUUUUUGGAAGUAUUAGACAAAAUCUUUUCGGAUAAAAUGAAAAAUAAUAAAUAUCUGAGGAGUCGAUCCGUGACUGAGGCCUUAAUAUACUUAAAUUAGCUUUAAAAUACUAAGUAAAAACUUUGGUUUAGUUUUGUUAUCUAAGAAGAAAUAUACGAUUUUAUAAACUUUUAA